AUGCAUCGCCGACCCAUCGAUCCAGCUUUGAGCAGCGCAAGACAAAGCCAGCGCAGGCGAUUACUCCCAUCUGACAGAAAAGGAGGUAAGAUAACGGAGAGGUUCUCGGCAUACUUCGAUUACCCGUGGGAUAAGAUUGAAGAAUAUCUCAGAGGGAAAGAUGGUCCAGCCUGGAAGACUUGGGAUUUCAAGCCGACGAGACUGAACGACAGUUGGGUUUUUGAAGUACCCGAGAAGUUGACUGAGUUCACCCAAAAUACUUUCAUGACUGCAAUUGCAACUCAAGUCGCUGAACAACCAUACAACAUGUUGCCGCCCACACUACAAGACUGUUACCUGAAUCAUGCAGAAUAUCCCAUGAAUCUUACUUCCAGCGAAACUGCGACUUACAAACACAUGCUCAGAUCUUACAAAGAUCGGCUGGACGAGGCCGAGGCGGACUUAUGCUUGGUAGAUGAGGAAGACACAGUGGAGGAGAUCUACGAGGUGCCGAUAAUUGAUAUGGCCACCAGCGAUGGCAGAGCCCGACAAAAACGGAACAUUCAUAGCCCGUCCAAGCUUGAAAGAUGGCUUGGGGUAUCUAUCAUGGACGACCCCAAUAGGACAGGCACGCAGCACGUACAUACCACAAAACGAGAUCCAAAAUGCCGCUUCAUAUAUAUCUACGGCGAAAAUUCCCGUGACAAAUUGAAAAUUACACGCGCAAGCUUGACGCAGAUACUGACAUACCACCAAGUAAUGCCUGUAUAUCUUGACUUCAUGCUCAUAUUUGGGGCGCAAAUCAGUGCGAAAGACCCUCACUUCUUUGGAUUUCGCGAACGAAUACGCUUUGAAAGUCCACCAAUUCAUCACACGGUCUUGGACUUGGGACGAAGCGGAAAGAUGUUUCAGUUGUGCUUCAAUCUUAAAGGUGUUGGCUUGUUCGAGAACAAAAGCAGCGAAGAGGCUGAGCUCAACGAUUGGUCUAUCCGAACCGUGUCAAUAUAUCACCGCUUUGAUGUUGAAAGUGGAGCCACUCUUUGGAUCGUGACCAAGGGUGGACGAGAUCUAUGGCAUCGAUAUGAACAACUCACUGGAUCAGAUGGACCGCAGGAGGCGCGAUGCUUCUCGGACCCUAUGUCAUGCUUUCGUGCGAGUCUCACUGUUCAGCUGAUGUUCUGUCAUUGGUCCACAGAAGACUGGCGUUGGUAUGUGAGCUGGCUGGAAGACAAGUUGGAUUAUGGGAGCGAUUCGGCAUAUACAAGGCGCCAUGACCAAAGCCAAAUGCAGUUGCAAUACGAGCUUGACGACAUCGCAGAUUUGCAGUACUGGCGGGACAAAGCCAACGAAGCUGUGAUGUUCUUAGAAGCCAAUGUCGGGAUCCUCAAUUCUUUACGUGACUUUUAUGGGAACCUAGCAAAGCGAAGAAACUUCCCUCAUUCACUCAAGACGGGUUGUGAGCACGAGUUGGAUGUGUUCCUAUCACAAAUGGACGAGAUCAUGAAGGACUUCCAGAGACAGCUCGCGAGAACGAGGUUGAUAAUUAACAUUGUCAACGACAGGAAAGAAUUGGUAUUGCAACACUUGCAGGCUCAGACUGAGCGGCUCAGUAAGAACAUCGGAAGGGAGACCGCUGUGAUGCGUAUCAUUACCAUUGUGACUUUAUUGUACCUCCCAUCCACUUUUGUCUCCACAUUCUUCAGUAGUGAUGUUGUAAAGUAUCAGAAUCGGGACGCAGAGGGCGCAGGUGGUGACACAGAAAGCUUUUCCGCGCUAGCUCUCAAGAGGUGGCUUCAAGUCGCAUUGCCACUGACUGCUUUGACGCUUUUCUGUGCAUGGAUCUCGAUUAAAUUCCAUGAUCAGACCCCAGGCGAUCCCGUUGUCGGAAUGCUUGGAUAUGGUGCUCUCGAAUGGAUCAAAUCUUCUGCGGUCAUAUACUAUACCCAAGUACAGGGGCGUUUCCGAGACGUGCCACAGUGGAGGGCAUCGAUAAAGAUAGUGGCAGCAGUAAUGCGUGUUCGCGUCCGCAUAACCUCGCUCUGGCACGUCACCAUGUCUGCGCUUUAUGUACAGCAUCACUCCGGGAUCUUAGCGGAAUUUCUGGACCUUUUGGAACAUCGCUGGUCCUACCAAGUAGCGUGUCAGAACGAGUGCGACGUCGAUGAAGGUUGUGAUUGCAUACGCCAUAUUGUCCACGUCCAGGCAGUCGUAGAGUGGUGGACCACAAAGACGCCCGACUUCCUAACGCACACAAGACUGCAGCGUCUGCUCGAAGACUUCAAGCUUCUUGGACCACGUUCUCUGAUUGUGGAGCAAGGAUUGAUCUCGGGAAGCCGUGCUUACAUUCUAGUUUUCAGCAUGUUACUGGAGCUAGGCUAUGGCCAUCUUUUGAGUCGAUUUAUCGACUCUGGUAUAGACGAUAGAAGCCUGGCCAGUAUGCAAGAAAGAGAUGAACAAGUUUUACGCAAGAGUCUAUCCGAAUGUGGUAGCAGCAUCCAAGUGGAACAAGUCAUUGAUGACUUUCAGAGGGCGAGGUGGGCCUAUUGUCCAUUAACGCUGAGCCUGGGCAUGGAGGACGACUUGCGCGGAACCAAGACCAUUCCUCCAUUUUGCCAAAAACUCCGACUAGGACAUACCGGAGGUACUGCAUCUCUUUAUUGGAUCGCUGUUCAACAAGAAUUGAUCACCGAUAAUAAGCUUGCAUCUGCACUCCGAGAUUCAAUUUAUGCUGACGAGAUCUAUGGAGAGUGUUAUCAAAUGGUUCUCAAAUCCUAUAGCGGGAAAAGACGUUCUGAGUUCGAGAUAGAGAAGACGGCAUUCUUGUAUCUGAGCUCGAGUGAACAAGUUCCUAUUAUAAAAUUCCUGGGGUCUUAUACACACAGUUAUGGCGAAGGUAAAGAGAUGGGCGAAACUUACAACCUGCUCUUAGAAUUUGGAGAACGAGAUCUCUACGAGACAUGGGCCGACGAGACGAAUGUUCCUCCUGUGCGAGCGGAAGAGAUCCUUCAAUCGUGGAAAUCUCUCUUUGAGGUUGCUAAAGCUAUUCGUCAUAUUCAUAACCUCGAGAUACGGAGAGGCAAAAGUCUACCCUGGAGAUACCAUGGUUGGCACGCAGACAUCAAACCAGACAACAUACUUGUCGUUCGCGGACAGCUGAAGCUGGCUGAUUUCGGCUUUUCCAGCUUCGCUCCCGUGGUCGAGCGCCGUGACGAUUCAGAACCAACAGAAUUUAUCAGGGGCUACACUGAUACGUAUGGUGCACCUGAAGUGUUUCGUAUGAAUAAACCGAGUGGGACCUUGUCCGGGGUCUCGCAGACCAUCGACACCUGGUCUUUUGGUUGUGUACUAUCAGUAGCUGCGACAUGGUUAGUACUGGGAUAUCAAGGGGUGCGUCAAUACGAGAAGCUUCGACAGCUAUCUCCAGAGAACGACAAGGGCAACGUUGUGUUAGACCGAUUCCAUGAUGGCUUCGAUGUACUCCCUGAAGUUGAGAAAUGGCACAAUUUCCUCCGCGGACACCUUCGAAUGUCAGAUACGGCAACAGAGCUGGUAUUGGACUUGAUAGAAACAAAGCUGCUACGAGCAAAUCCAGCAGCACGGUACAAUAUGGAGGAGCUUUGCGACAAAUUACAGGAGUUGAGUGCCUGGGCCGAACAUAAGAUCAAGAGCCUCCGGAAACAAUCAAGACAUACAGAUGCCUUGGUUGCCAGGGCCCUUAUGGAUGUUGAGGCAUUAGCCGAGAUGGAGAGAUCGUCGGAACGAAAUCUCAAUCUAUCGCAACGGUCUUUUGUCCACAUCAAGUCUCUGGAGCCGGUAUCGAAGCGAGCAGAUAACAAAGAUUUGAUCAGGAUCAAACCUCUUGGCCAGACAGCACACCGCAAACAAAUCUUGGACACAAUGCUUGAAGAGCAUUCAAUCAUCGAGAGAGAUGAUGCGCCAGACGCAAGUGGUAUUCAUAAUGGUGCAAUAACAGACAGCCCGAUUGAUUCAGUUUCCCCAAUGGAGCUGCAAUACCAUGGUCGCAAAGCUAAACCCGUGAUACCACAGCUUCGAGCACCUGACCAACGUCAGCAAAGUAAACGCCAUGACACACCAAACACCUCAAAUCAACAUGUGAUAUCGAGCCUCCUCAACACACCACCACCACCAUCUAGUCGUCAAAGAAGGACCUUUGAUGCUACUUCUCCAUCUCACAGCGACGACUCCUUUGCAGGAAGACCUGGACUGCAUGUUACAAUACCAUAUUCACCCUUGGUGCGGUACCCUGCCGGACGCGCACAGUCAAAUGAUACUCUAAAGCAACCGCCUCCAUCUGAAGAUGAAAGAACCAUGGUUCAUGAUCCCGAGUCAUCAAGCGUAUCAACGUCAGAGAAGACUGCUGACGCGGCAAAACCUCAUGCGCAAAUGACCGAACAGAGCACCAUCAACCGCCGCUUGGAAGAUCAGAACUCAUUCGCACCGAAUCAUUUAAUCUACCAUCAACGAGGGGACCUUUCUGGCACGACUAAUACAAGUCUUAUGCAAUCUGCAGUAGACCAUAAACGCAUACAAGAGCCAACCAUUGAGGCAGCUGAUAUGUCUGCACAUACUCCAGAGAUCGUUCCCUCGAUAACACUAUCACAGAGUGAGAAUACCGAAUCAUCUCAGAAUCAAUUAGCGGUAUCUCAAUCAAGCUCUCACGCUCACGAAAAGCAGCUUGCAGAGGAAAGUCCCAACCCGCACGCAUACAAUUCAUCAGGAUACAACAGUCCUCUCUUACUAACACUUCCAACAACUGUAUUAUCCUUGCCCUAUGACAUCUGUCUCAGGAGAAAGGAUUUGGACGAGAAAGUCACAAAGGGGUUGGCAAAGGGAGUCGCGAGAUUGAAGGGCAGUCUUGGCAUCGAAACCAGAACCCGAGAUUCUAGUCUUAUAUGGACCUUCGGUGAUCCGCGCGAGCUGAUCUUCGUUGUGGACAACGGGUGGACAAUGUCCAAACACUGGCCGAUCGUCAUAUUCGUCGCAGAAACGCUCGCCAAGAACGCCGCUGGCCUGGAUAGGAGUGGUUUCGAUGUCAAAUUCACAGUUGAUGGGCAUACACAUAACCAAGAGCGCCUAAAGGGUGACUUGGGUCGAAAGAAGCUAAAGAAGGCUUUGAGGGCAGCGUGGCCAGAGUACAAAGAGAACAACCAUGUCACCACAGACAUGGCCAGAGUUUUUAAUGACAUUUCUCAGGACUGGCGCCGUGGCGGCCAACCCGCAACGACAUUACUUGUUUUUACUGACGGCGUUUGGUCCAACACAAACCUCGAUUCUUUGAACAAGAUCAUCCUCGAUAUCGCCGAGAAAGACCGAUCGCAUGUGGGAAAUCGUCACUUUAGCAUACAGUUCAUUCGAUUCGGCGAUGAAGAAGCUCAGAAAACUCUACUACAAACGCUCGAUGACUGCCUAUGCGUUGCUCAUAAUCUGAGGGACAUCAUCGACCAUUGCUCAUGGCGUGCCAAAGUCGACAAGAUGUUCAAGGGGAGCAUCGAAGGCUACUUUGACGAACAGGAUUCCGAUGAAGAACCCAUCUUGUACGAUUAUAAGAAGCUUGUUGAUCUAUUUAAUACUUUCAACAGAGCCGAAGAUCCUACGCGAACAUCGCAUCGCUCUUCUACCUCCCUUUCCAAUAAAGGGGGCUUCGCAAGAAGAUAA